CAUGAGAGCUGUACACAGACAUGUCUUCCAGCUUGAUUCGGCACCUGGACAGGGAGUGGUUUGGGAGUGGCAGAACGAUGAAGGAAGCUGGUUUCCAUACGAGAUGAAUAUUUGUGUAUAUUUGGAGCAAGCGUUCUCGCUCAGUAGCCCUCAGGUGGAUCUUGGGCCCUUUGGUUACAAUUAUGGGAUUGAUUUUGUAUCACAGACCCAGACCAAUAAAACCACUGGGUACCAGCGAAGAAUCCGUCGGAAUGUGGACUCUCCGUACCCAUUAGCCGCAGCCACAGGGCCUACUCACAGCGGGCCCACCUGUUCAUGCCAACAGUGCUUGUCGAAUAGUGGAACUGGCCCCAUAACCUCACGGUAUCGGCACUCGAUGGUGAAUCUUCCUGGACAUUCAUCAGGAACAAGUCCCAAAUUCCUCACUGGGAUACAGGGGGCCAAUAGAAACUCAGGACUCAGUGCUUCUCUGGUGGGCUUUGUGCCUUACAAUAAACCAGCCCUCUCUGGAGCAAGAUCAAUGCCAAGACUGAACAUGCAGAGUGCAGGGUCAGCAUCACAAUCUGCAGCCAUUGGUGGGUCCAGCUCAGCGCACCCAGCACCCAAAGGAACCAGUUUCCACCCCUUCUCCCUUUCCUGCCCUGUGCAUGACUGUCCCAUGUCCCUUGUAGGCAUGAUGGCCUUUCUGAUGUCAGUCCCUGGAUUUCCUGUGCACCUCACCCAAGCGCCUCAGCCUGCCCGUGCCCAUAGAGCCUCUAAAAAACUCUGCUCAGUUAAGGGAAGGAGGAGAGUGGUCACCAAAGAUAGCAAGACCAGGCCAGAAGAGGUUGUGAAGAAGUAUUUGGAAGAGCUGAAGGCACCUCCAGUUGACGAGGACUGCAUCAUCUGUAUGGAGAAACUGGGUGCCCCUUCAGGGUACAGCGAAGUCAAUGAGAGCAAGACAAUCCAACCUGGAAGCGUGGGGAGGCUGGCCAAAUGUGCUCACACCUUUCACUUACUUUGUGUGCUGGCCAUGUACACCAGUGGCAACAAGGAUGGCAGCCUACAGUGUCCCUCUUGUAAGGCCAUCUAUGGUGAGAAGACAGGCACACAACCCAAUGGCAGGAUGGAUGUUCACAAACUCCCAGAGUGUCUACCAGGGUACGAGAACUAUGGGUCAAUACAGAUUACAUACAAUAUUAACAGAGGCAUUCAGGUGAGUAUGUCCAGUGGUGGGAUUCAGAUUUUUUUUUUUACUGCC